AUGUCUGAACCUUCUAAUAUUUUUAAAAAAGUUUUCAAAAAAAUUUCCAAUAGAAAUAAUAGAAAUACAGGUACUGAAAAUUUUAAUGAAGAAUCUCAAGUAAUUCGAGCUCAACAGGGUUACACCCAGUUCCCGCCUCUACCCGGACUUCCGUCUGAUUGCGCCUUCUCGUUUGACAACGUGGGUGGUUUCCAACCACAUCAAAACUUAAAUAAUGCCAUUGCGGCUGUUGGGGCAUACCUCAACAGCCCAAAUGGCAUUUGGGCGAAACAUACCCCAUUAAUACCAGACCUUGGACGAGUUUACCAGAUCGAAGUUCCACGAAAAGGGAUACCAGCUUUCUUGGAAUUGACGAAACCGGAAUUUACGAACAGCCGGACAGGGAUACCGGCUUCUUGGAACAAAUAUCUGGAUACUUGGAGGCGAAAGGUGAGAUUAGAGAAAGCAGGCAAAUCAAUUGAGAAACUAAAAGAUAGUGAAAGAUAUCAAAGAGAAAUAUCCAAUAAUGCUAUUAAUCAGCGAACUGAGAUUGAGGAAGAAAGAAACAAGCUAGCUAAGGAGAUCAUAUUGUGUUUGACUUAG